AUGCCUCUGGGAAUCCAUAACCCGCUGCCCGCUUCUCUGAGGAGCGAAUGCAGAAAAGCUGGCAAGAUCCUAGCUUCCUUCGUCGAUCCUCGUCAGGCCUUUGGUCCCGAUAAGAUUAUUCCGCCACAAAUCUUAGCCAACGCAAAGGGUCUCGCCGUUAUCACAGUUUUGAAAGCCGGAUUUAUCGGUUCCGGUCGAUUCGGGUCCGGCGUCGUAGUGGCACGCCUUGCUGAUGGUACCUGGUCUGCCCCCUCUGCAAUUGCGACCGCAGGAGCGGGAGUUGGUGGCCAGAUUGGAUUUGAAUUAACGGAUUUUGUCUUUAUUCUUAACGACUACGCCGCCGUGCGAACGUUUUCCCAAGCUGGUUCAAUUACGCUCGGAGGCAACGUUUCCAUUGCUGCAGGGCCAAUUGGCCGAAAUGCGGAAGCUGCAGGAGCUGCAAGCACAAAGGGCGUUGCCGGCGUGUUCUCUUAUUCAAAAACCAAAGGCUUGUUCGCCGGCGUCAGUCUGGAAGGCAGCGUGCUGGUUGAACGAAGAGAUGCCAAUGCAAAACUCUACAACGCCAGAGUGACUGCCAGUCAGUUACUGGGGGGUGCUGUACCACCUCCCCCGGGUGCUGAACCUCUGAUGAGAGUUCUCCAGUCCAGAGCAUUUUCCGGUGUGAAUGCGUAUGACGAUUCGAUGUAUAACGACAUUCCGGUAUAUGAUGAACGCCACGAUGAUGUUGUCUGGGAAGGAAGGAGAGGAGACGCUCUUGGUGAAGGUGUCCCUCGCCACCGAUCCGCGUCUAUGAAUGAUGAAUACGAAUAUCACGACAGACCAAGGAGAUCCAAUACGUGGGCAGAUGAUGUUUAUGACCGCCAAUUCACUGGAGGGCUGAACCGAUCUGCCACGGGUCGGACUAGUCAAAACGACCGUUUUGGAAAUAUCGGCAGUCGCGGCCGCAGUUUUACUUCUGGCGGCUUCGGAGAAGAUUACGUAUACCGAGAUCAGAAGCCAGCGCGCCCAACAGCGCCGAAGCCAGUAUUUGGGCAAAAGUCAUCUCCACCAGUCCUCCAAAAGAACCAAGCGGUUGCUUUGUUUACAUUUGAUCCAGAUCAGGAAGGGGAUCUGGGAUUCAAGAAGGGGGAUGUUAUCACAAUUUUGAAGCGAACGGAUAAGAAGGAAGAUUGGUGGACUGGGCAGAUAGGGGACAGGACAGGAGUCUUCCCAAGCAACUAUGUCGAUGUCAUGAACUAG